AUGGGUCCCACGCCAACGUCCAGAGAUGACCUUACCAGCCGUGUCCUCCCACAGAUGAUUCUUUCUGACAAGUCCAAUCCGUUAACCAGACCAUAUAGCCCCUUGUCAAGCGACCUCACGGUCGCACAAAGGGCGGCGGCAAGGUUCUCUGUCAGAGGCAAUGCGAUCGUCACUGGAGGCUGCGGCAGCCUUGGGAUCGAAGCAGCACGUGCCCUGCUGGAGCAUGGCGCGUCGGGUGUGUCACUAUUUGACGUCAAUCUGGCGCAAGCCCAGGAUAUUGUUGAUAGGUUGCGUUCUGAUUUCCCAUCGGCAACGAUCAUUACGAAGAAAGUAGACGUCCGCGAUCAGCAGGUCGUUCAAGCAGCCGUCGCCGAGACUGCUGACGAGCUCGGAAGCUUGGAUAUUCUCCUGUGCUUCGCAGGUGUGGUCGCUUGUAACCACGCCCUUGAUAUUGCUCUUGAAGAGUGGAAACGUACGCUUGACAUCAAUACGACAGGAAGCUGGUUGUGUGCCCAGGCAGUGGCAGAACAGAUGGUCCAACAAGGGACAGGCGGUAGCAUCAUCUUUACAGCAUCCAUCUCUGGCCAUAGUGUCAAUUUUCCCCAGCCACAAGUCUCAUACAAUGUUUCCAAGGGCGCACUCCUACAGCUAAAGAGUUCUCUUGCAGCCGAGUGGGCUCGGUAUGGCAUCCGUAUCAACAGCAUCAGCCCAGGGUAUAUGGACACAAUAUUGAAUGAAGGUGAAGGACUUGAAGAAGCUAGGAGACUGUGGUACUCAAGAAACCCGAUGGGACGCAUGGGGGACCCGAGCGAGCUGACAGGUGCUGUGGUGCUCCUCUGCAGUCGUGCGGGGAGGUACAUCAAUGGGGCUGAUAUCAUUGUGGAUGGCGGUGGUUCUGUUUUUUGA